UCUCCUUGAACCGAGGGCAGAGCUGCACCGGGAACGCCCGCCUGCCGUGUGAAGUUCUCGGACUUGCCUGGCGUGGGGGAUUUCGGUGCCCGGUCUCGCCUGUCAGCCCCUUUUUGCUGCCGCUGGAAGUGCUGGGAGCCUAGCACCACCGGGCGACGCCUCCUUCCCUUCCCAACGGCCUGCCCGGGGAAAGUGCCCCUGCUCUCUCCCGGAGCGCCCAGCAGCUCUCCGCCCCCCGCCGUAGGCCGCCGCCUGAGAACCCCAGCCCUGGCCGCAGCUCCGAGCCGGCGCCGCCGAGGCAGGGAGCCCCGGAGGAGCGGGAAGGUACGAGAAAAAAGAUGAGUGCUACUAGACCAGCAUGCAUAAGGAGCAACCCUCCAAUAAUAAACCAAUGUCCCCGAGGAGGAAUGGAGGAAAAAAAAGUUUGGCCUAAACGGCAACAACCAAACAACUUUUCCCUGUUUCCAUCCACAAAAGGCUGGAAUUUCAGAGGGAAGAAACGGAAACAGAGUACUCAAGAUGAAGAUGCAAUCAGUAUCUGUAGCCUUGAUGCAGCAGAGCCUAGCAACAAACGGGUCAAGCCUCUAUCUAGGGUUACAUCACUAGCAAGCCUCAUUCCUCCUGUGCGGGCAACCCCAUUAAAGCGGUUUAGUCAAACACUUCAGCGUUCUAUCAGUUUCCGUAGUGACAGUCGCCCUGAUCUGUUCACUCCACGACAGUGGUCUCGAAAUGUGCCCCCGGCUAGCACAAAACGAAGGGACAGUAAGCUGUGGAGUGAGACCUUUGAUGUUUGUGUCAAUCAGAUGCUUACAUCCAAAGAAAUCAAGCGUCAAGAGGCUAUCUUUGAACUUUCCCAGGGAGAAGAAGACUUGAUAGAAGACUUGAAGUUAGCGAAAAAGGCUUAUCAUGAUCCUAUGCUUAAACUCUCCAUAAUGACAGAGCAAGAAUUAAACCAAAUAUUUGGAACACUGGACUCUCUUAUCCCUCUACAUGAAGAUCUUCUUAGGCGGCUUCAAGAGGUCAGAAAACCUGAUGGAUCUACUGAGCAUGUUGGUCAUAUACUUGUGGCCUGGUUGCCUUGCCUAAACUCAUAUGAUAGCUACUGCAGUAAUCAAGUAGCAGCUAAAGCCUUAUUGGACCACAAGAAACAGGAUCACAGGGUCCAAGACUUUCUACAGCGCUGCUUAGAGUCUCCUUUCAGCCGCAAAUUGGACCUUUGGAAUUUUCUUGACACCCCAAGAAGUCGUCUAGUGAAAUACCCACUGCUUCUCAGAGAAAUUUUGAGGCAUACUCCAAAUGAUCAUCCAGAUCAACAGCACCUUGAAGAAGCGAUAAAUAUCAUUCAGGGUAUAGUUGCCGAAAUCAAUAUAAAGACGGGUGAAUCUGAGUGCCAGUAUUACAAAGAGCGGCUCAUUUAUCUUGAAGAAGGCCAAAAGGAUUCACUGAUUGAUAAUUCACGUGUAGUGUGUUGUCAUGGUGAACUAAAGAACAACAGAGGAGCGAAACUGCAUGUCUUCCUAUUCCAAGAAGUGCUGGUGAUUACUCGAACUAUUACUCAUAAUGAACAACUUUGCUACCAACUAUACCGGCAGCCCAUCCCUGUAAAGGAUCUUGUUCUGGAAGAUUUGCAAGAUGGAGAGGUGCGACUAGGUGGAUCUAUCCGUGGUGCAUUUAGCAACAAUGAGAGAAUUAAAAACUUCUUUAGAAUCAGCUUCAAAAGUGGAUCGCAAAGCCAGUCCCACUCGCUACAAGCCAAUGACUCCUUCAACAAACAACAGUGGCUUAACUGUAUCCGACAGGCCAAAGAAACAGUUCUGUGUGAAGGAGAGACUGGAACACUGAAUUCAGAAGAACAUUGCCUAAUAUCCCCAAAGGGGAAUAGGGUACAACAGAGAGAAAACAGGCUUGAGCAAAUGGACCAAUCAGACAAUGAGUCAGACUGUAGUAUGGACACUAGUGAAGUCAACAUUGAUUGUGAACGCAUGGAACAGAUAAACUCAUGUGAAAAUGACAAACAGAUAGAAACCAACAUUUGACAGAAAAUUAUACUUCAUGGAAAUAAACUUGUCUUACCUGUACAGUAUUUGCAUUCCAUAAAUGGAGCAGUUUGGAAAAGCACUUUUAACACUUUUUUGUGACAUAUCAACACAAUCUUUCUUGUAUUUGUACCUUUGUGUGCAGUACUGUAACUGCCAAUUGUGUAAGCUGGAAUCUGUUACAUUUCCUAUCCUGUGAUAUUUCCAUAAAGAUCUGGGUGGAUGAAAGAGGUACUUUACCAGUUACUUUCAUUGUCCUGCUGGUAGAAAGAAUCUCUAAACUACUGUUUAUACGUAUAUUACAUAAGGAGUCUCUCUUCAUGUUUAGUGUUCUAUUUGACCUCUAAUGUGGCACCUAAAGACAGGGAUUUUGUAGUGGGUCUUAAAAGCAGUAUUGAAGGCCACAUUUAAUUAGGAAAGGCAUUCAAAUUUUUCAGAAGGGCAAAUGUAUACAAAAAUAACAUCCUGGAAUAAGGUAAGUUAACUAUUUGUGGUAGUAAUUCAACAGGAAAUGUAAAGAGUAGGUCAUGUCCACAGUGACUCUGCAGGGAUUAAUCAUAAUAAGUAUGAAGCGCUGUGUGAAGAUCCAGCAAAACAAUAUAGCAAUCUGGUCAGUUUGAAGGGACAAUGUAAGGUGUCCAUGGUUUAUGUAUCGGAGCCCAUAAUAAUAAAAUCAACUGAAGAGUCAAUGUUAACAGUUAAAUGCUGGGAAUGUUGGGUGUUUGUAAAUAAAAGGUGGAUAGUUUUCUUACAGUGUCCUGUAUAAUUCUGUGUAAUUCUGCCUUGGAUAGAAUGAAUCUAUAAAAACAUUAGAUCAUUGAAUAGGCAUUGGGUUCUCAAACUUGUUUAUUGAGGGCCUUCCCGUUCCCCCAGCAUGCUAUAAAAACUCCAUGGCCCACUUUUGCCACAAGAAACGUUUUCAGCAUAUAAAAGUCAGGGCCAAUGUUAGGGGGUAGCAAGCAGGGAAACUUCAUGGAGUUCCAUGCUACCCUGUGAAGGUAAAAUGCUGAAGCUUUUGAUUCAGUUCUGGGUGGGGCUCCACUCCUGAUUUCUGCCAUGGGCCCCACAAAUCUAACACUGGUGCAGAUUGGUAGACCACCUAAAGCCUGCUUGUAACCCCCUAGGGAAACCAAACCCUAACCUAUGGUCACAAGCAGGGUUCAGGGGGUCUGCCAAUCAGGGGGCUCCAAUUCCCUGGUUGAGAACCACUGGAAUAGGCCAGGCAGCAUUUUGCACUCUGUUGACUUACUGUUACUUUUAGCACCACUCAAGUUAAAACUUCCCAAGAAUUUGUGUAAAUAACUGUUUACAAUUAUAGUUGCUUUUUAAGACGGAGACAUAAUCUCGUAUAAAUGGUGCUGUACAAACACCCCUUCGGAGACAAAGUUUAAAUAAAAAGGAAAUUGAUUUUCCUUUAGGAAAUAUCACAUCCUUUAUAUUUUUGUCAAAUUUACGUUUUGGUUUUUUGUUUUUUUUAAUUUUGCUGCAUGUAAUCUCAUGCUGUAAUUGGAACCCACUGUGUUUUCUGGUGGCUGUUUUAAUUAAAUUUAUAUGUGACCUGACUCAUUAUGAUGAGGCAGAUCAGCCAAUUUAAAAUGCAAUCUAAAAUACUCAGCAGCAGCCUAUUUUAGAAAUUCUUGGUUCAUCUUUAUUUCUGAAUGCAGAAAAUAAUGCCAAUCUACUGAAUGGUAAUAUAAAGUGAAAAAUGUCUAUCCUUAUUAAUUGACAUGAUCCUAAAAAUUCAGGAUAACCUGUGCAAAUUAGAUACACACUGGCACAAGUAAUAAAAUUACUAAAUUAUUGCCAAAAAUGUUUUUCAUGUGUCUUACAAGUUUACAGGAAGAGCAGUAAAUAAUUGUCAUUUACCUUGUACAUAUAUCAUGAAGUUCAUUAAAUGAAUCAGUGUGGCAAGAUAAUCAAUAUAAAAACAAGGUAUGUUACUUUUAAAAAAAAAAAUACUGUGGUCAGUUUUACCCUGUAGAACAUAUUUCUGUAUUUAUAGUUUUUAAAACAAUGAUUUUUUUCUAUUGCAGGAAUGUAAUUUAUUUAAACUGCUUCAUUUUUAGAGUUGAAUGUUUGAGCAUGCCAGUGAAGAACAGCAGGACAAAGGAACAGUUUAUAGGUGGAGAAAAUAUAAAAUAUAUUAGGCUAUGAACUUUUGGUAUGACAACUGUUGGCCCAAGCGUUAGCAAAAAGUAUGUAAAAUACUGACUUAUGGAAGAAAGGAUGGAAUGUAUGUGUUUAGUGAAAUAUUUGUGUAUAAUGGCCUUAAACUUUUGGAAGCAUUUCAAAUAAAUUACAUGAGACUG